AUGACCACCAGGGCCAAGGAUCAACACAAGAAGGAGCUGAAGGCGGCUGAGGCGGAGGUUAAGCGCCUCGGGAAGGACCUUGCUGACUACCAUAAGUCGGAUGUGGGGAAGAACCUCCAGGCGGAUAACGUGAUUGACACGGUGAAGAUCCUUCGUGAGAAGGUCAUCAAGGAUCAUCCGGAGGUGGAGUGGGACUCCAUGGCCUUGAUCAUGCAUGUCCUCAACUUUAUGGAUAGUGGUCGCAAGGCUAGCGAGCUGGAGCCCAUUGCAGGGCUGGAAGUCCCCUCGCCGAAUGCCGAUGGAGAGGAGGCGGAUGAGGAGGAAGAUGAAGGCGUGGAAGAUGAUGAAGGCGUAGAGGGCGAGGAAGAAGAAGGUGAAGGACAGGUUGAUGGUGAGAAGCGCCUCCCCGAGCCGCAGGGGACGCCCGAGGGUGCGGUGCGAAGCGAGGAAGAGUGA